AUGUGCUUCUACUUUUGGCGAAAACCAGAACCGACCUUCGAGGUAGAUUUAGCAGCAGAAAUGGCGGAAGUGAUAAGAAAUGUUGAAUCAUAUAACAAUAUGGUUGAAGAGCUGAGACGAAACAGAAGACGAAACGCAACCAUUGCUGGUGAACUUUCACCACACGAACCCUCUACCGAAGUGGAGACCAUCUCCGACAGUGUCAGUCAAAAAAGCGAUUGA